UUUAGUGUGACGGACAGAAUCAAAACAAACUUGGGGGUGAAAUCGCUUGUGAAAUUGGUCAUCGGGAGGACAAGGCUCUUAUUUACACAGGCACCAAGUCAGGCCAGUGGACAAUCGAACUAGUGGGACAAGCCUGUACAUCAACGGAGGAGUAUAACUACCUUGUUUACCUUACAGGUGAAACACCAACACCAUCUAACUCAAAAGACACACGGAGUGAAUCGGUGUUCCUAGUGUUUCCUAAAACCCCAGACAUAUGGAGCAUUGAAGGAAUGAGUUGGGAGUGAGAGGAGGAGAAGGAGGAGGGUGAGAGUGACAGAAGCUGGAGAGCCCUGAACAGGCCGACCAUGACUCUGAAGGGUGACUGACUCGCUCCUGUAUGUACCAGAUUGGACAUGGACUUCCCGCUGGCGGGUCACUACACGGCGUGCAGCUACAUGACCUCGGGUGACCCCCGCCUGCUGGCCCCCCCUGAGCUCCGGGUCGCUGCCCUUCACGCUGCCCCACGUCCUGACCUCCAAGUCAAGCACGAACUAUCUAGGUCAGAGCUGAGUCGUUGUUUGGACUACCGACCAACGCCUGACUAUACCUCUAGGCCUGACCUCAGAGCCGACCUCCUGCCCGUCGAACUACGAGCUGACCUCGUCCGCCGUGACCUCCGCACCGACCUCAGAACACACGAGGGGUCAGCGGGUCACCGUGAAGACACAAGAGGACACCUGAAGCACGAUAACAGGCCGUCGGAUAUCGAAAACGACCCAACCUUUGUCCUCGCUGACUCAAACGCCGCCACCAGCAAGAGGUCAAGGGAGAGGGAACACGUUCUGGCCAUGACCAAGGAAGAGAGGAGGAGACGGAGGCGGGCUACCCUCAAGUACCGCACAGCGCACGCCAGCCGAGAACGCCUCAGGGUGGAGGCCUUCAAUGUGGCCUUCGCGGAGUUGCGUAAGCUGCUACCCACGCUGCCGCCGGACAAGAAGCUCUCCAAGAUAGAGAUUCUCCGCCUGGCCAUCUGCUACAUCGCCUACCUCAACCACGUGCUGGAUGUGUGAGUGUCUGUGGACACGUACCUCACAGCGUCACUGGCCACAAACAUGUUAGGUCCCCUGUUCACAGACUUCUCAGGGUCCCGUGGCCACACCAGACAGCCAUGGAGUCCCGUUGCUGGUGUCUGUGUGGCCACUCCCUCGUAAUAAACCUAGGGCAAUAUGCAGCAGACCACACAAGGCCAUAACCCCGGUUACCGACUCAUGUUACCCACAGAUAAAGGGACGAGACAAAGCGUGUGUUGGAGGAAUGUAACAGACGGGAGACCAACACACCUAAGUUUGGCUCAAAGGAUCACCGUCCUGAGUGAAUUCCUUGUUUGAGCCAAGAAAAAUAUUCAUUCCGAAAAGAAUGAGCAGUGCGUUCAAGAUUUGGUCUCAAAAUUGUUCUUCUGUGUUUUGUGUUCACUUUCCCCGCCUCAAACAGCAAUGUUUAUCAUGGCUUUUAGGUUUAUUUAUCAUGACAUUUUUAUGUACCUACGUCCUCAUAAUCUCAAUAUUAACAGUACCAAUCGCCAAGGAAAUGCAGACCAAAUAAAUUAUUGUAAAUUACAAAAUACAUCGCAAAUAUAUUUCGAAAAAAUCUCUCAUGGAACCAAAAUUAUCCUUCAAAUAUUAAAUAAUAAAUCCGAUAUGGGUAAAGAAUAGCGUCAUGGCAACAAAUACAUUUUUUUUUUCAUUUUGACGAUAAAUAAAUAUCCGUCACAUAAUAAUGAUCCCUCGUUAUAUACUGUCAUAUAUAACAAAAAUAUAUCUUUACUUACUGUUACAACACCAACCCGUACCUCACACACGGUUAAUAUAAGAGCUUAAAUACAGCAGGUGUUGUAAUAUUGGGAUAACUGCUGUAAUAUUGCUGUAACUGCUGUAAUAUUGCUGUAACUGCUGUAAUAUUGCGGUAACUGCUGUAAUAUUGGGGUAACUGCUGUAAUAUUGAGAUAAUUGCUGUAACUGCUGUAAUAUUGCGGUAACUGCUGUAAUAUUGCAGUAAUGUUGCGGUAACUGCUGUAACAUUGCAGUAUCUGCAGUAAUAUUGCGGUAACUGCUGUAGCAUUGCAGUAACUGUUGUAAUAUUGCGGUAACUGCUGUAAUAUUACGGUAACUGCUGUAAUAUUGCAGUAACUGCUGUAAUAUUGCGGUAACUGCUGGAAUAUUGCGGUAACUGCUGUAAUAUUACCGUAACUGCUGUAAUAUUACGGUAACAGCUGUAAUAUUGCUGUAACUGCUGUAAUAUUGCGGUAACUACUGUAAUCUUUCGGUAACUGCAGUAAUAUUGUGGUGGCUACUAUCAUAUUAUGGUAACUUCUGUAAUAUUGUGGUAACUGCUGUAAUAUUGUAUUAACUACUGUAAUAUUGCGGUAACUGUUGUAAUGUUGCAUUAACUGCUGUAAUAUUACGGUAACUGUUGUAAUAUCGCGGUAACUGCUGCAAUAUUGCGGUAACUGCUGUAAUAUCACGGUAAUUGCUGUAAUAUCACGGUAUCUCCUGUAAUAUUACGAUAACUGCUGUAAUAUUGCGGUAACUGCUGUAAUAUUGCGGUAACUGCUGUAAUAUUAUGGUAACUGCUGUAAUAUUUCGGUAAUAGCUGUAAUAUUGUUGUAACUGCUGUAAUAAUGCGGUAACUACUGUAAUCUUCAGGUAACGGCUGUAAUAUUGCUGUAACUGCUGUAAUAUUGCGGUAACUGCUGUAAUAUUUUGGUAACAGCUGUAAUAUGGCAGUAACUACUGUAAUAUUGCGGUAACUACUGUAAUCUUUCGAUAACAGCUGUAAUAUUGCUGUAACUGCUGUAAUAUUGCGGUUACUGCUGUAAUAUUGCGGUAACAGUUGUAAUAAUGCGGUAACUACGGUAAUAUUAAUGUAACGGCUGUAAUAUUGCUGUAACUGCUGUAAUAUUGCUGCAACUGUUGUAAUAUUGCGGUAACUGCUGUAAUAUUGCUGUAACAGUUGUAAUAUUGCAGUAACUACUGUAAUAUUUCGGUAACUGCAGUAAUAUUGUGGUGGCUAGUAUCAUAUAACGGUAACUUCUGUAAUAUUGCGGUAACUGCUGUAAUAUUGUAUUAACUACUGUAAUAUUACGGUAACUGUUGUAAUAUUGCGGUAACUGCUGUAAUAUUACAGUAACUACUAUCACAUUACGGUAGUGGCUGUAAAUAUCACGUAGUGGCGCAGUUAUAAGAAA